UUACAAAGUGCACGAUCCGGAUUUCCCGCCAAAAAUAAAWAAAAUGUCUUCCCGUAAGAUGGAAAUGGAACUAUGGACAUAAAAUACUGAUUUGCAUUGUUGAAAGUUCCAGAAUGGUUUUGAUGAACACAGGGAAGCGAAAAGAUGACGAUGGAGCUGGCAAGAGUGGAAAAGAUCAAACGGGAAGGUCUGAUGAUGGUCAAUCUGUGGAGUCCAGGGUUCUUCGUAUUCAAAAGCAAGAGACAAUGGACAAUAAGUAUGGCUUUGAAAAACAUAAAGAUACUAGUGAAAAGCUUGGWUGGCUCAUCAACAUGCAUCCGACUGAAAUAUUAGAUGAUGAUAAAAAGCUUAUUAGUGCUGUGGAUUUGUACUUYGUUCAAGAUGAUGGUGAUAGAUUUAGGAUUGCGCUACCAUUUAAGCCAUAUUUCUAUAUUCUCGCCAAAAAGGAUACAGAUAGAGARGUAGCAACAUACCUAAAUAGAAAACAUGGAGGUCUUAUUGCAAAGAUAGAGACUGUCCAAAAAGAGGACCUUGAUUUGCAAAAUCAUCUUGUUGGACUGAAAAGAAACUACAUCAAGUUGUCAUUUAACAAUGUCAAUGAUCUUAUGAAGGUCAAACGUGAGAUAAUGCCAGCGGUGCGUAAAAACAAAGAACAAGAAAAAGCUAAUGCUACUUACAAUGUUAUGUCAGCCAUGAACAACGUGGAUUCUGAUUCAAACUUGAAAAUAGCCGACCAAAAAGAYAAUAUUAUUGAUAUCAGAGAGUAUGAUGUCCCUUAUCAUGUYAGAGUCGCCAUUGACCAAAAAAUUCAUGUGGGUCAUUGGUAUGACGUCAAAGUUAGAGGCAGACUUUACCCAGAAAUCAAAAGGAGAGAUGACCUCUUGGACAGACCUGAUCCAGUGGUGCUGGCAUUUGACAUUGAGACGACUAAACUGCCACUUAAGUUCCCUGAUGCUGCUAACGAUUCYAUCAUGAUGAUUUCAUACAUGAUAGAUGCACAGGGUUUUUUGAUCAUAAACAGAGAGAUUGUAUCAGAAGAUAUUGAAGAUUUUGAAUACACCCCUAAACCAGAAUACGAAGGACAGUUUACUGUGUUAAAUGAGCCAGACGAGGCUUCUCUUUUACAAAGGUUUUUUGAGCAUAUUCUUGAAGUAAAACCAAACAUAUUUGUGACAUACAACGGUGACUUGUUUGACUGGCCAUUUGUAGAAGCUCGUGCAGUUCAUCAUGGCAUUGACAUGCUGGAAGAAAUAGGUUUUAGUAAGGAUUCAAUGGGAGAAUACAAGUGCAGAGCAGCCAUUCACAUGGAUGCUUUCAGGUGGGUCAAGAGAGAUAGUUAUCUACCAGUUGGAAGCCAGAAUUUGAAAGCAACAACGAAGGCAAAGCUAAGAUAUGACCCCAUAGAACUAGAUCCAGAAGAGAUGUGUCGAAUGGCAAGUGAACAGCCUCAGGAGCUUGCAAACUAUUCUGUUUCUGAUGCUGUGGCUACAUAUUAUUUGUACAUGAAAUAUGUACAUCCCUUCAUUUUUGCCUUGUGUACAAUUAUUCCUUUAGAACCUGAUGAGGUACUCAGAAAAGGKUCAGGAACCCUCUGUGAGGCUCUUUUGAUGGUCCAAGCAUUCCAUGUCAAUAUUAUAUUCCCCAACAAGCAAGAACAGGUAUUCAACAAGCUCACUAAUGAUGGCCACGUUCUAGACUCAGAAACUUAUGUUGGGGGUCACGUUGAGGCAAUUGAAUCUGGAGUCUUCAGGAGUGAUAUUCCWUGUAGAUUUAGGCUUGUUCCAGAGGCAUUUCAAAAAUUGAUUGACAAUGUAGAAAAAACUAUGAAGCACACCAUUGAAGGAGAGGAAAAAAUCCCAAUGGAAACAGUUUUAAAUUUUGAUGAGAUAUGCGACGAUAUAAAAUCUAAACUGGCAGCUUUACGUGAUACACCAGCGCGUUUGGAAAACCCUAUGAUUUACCAUCUUGACGUGGGUGCCAUGUACCCUAACAUCAUCCUCACCAACAGAUUACAGCCUUCAGCCAUGGUUGAUGAGGAAACCUGUGCAGCUUGUGACUUCAACAAGCCAGGAGMAAGGUGUCAAAGAAGCAUGACAUGGUCCUGGAGAGGAGAAUACAUGCCUGCUUCUCGUAAUGAGUUUCAAACAAUCAGGCAACAGUUAGAAGUAGAAAAAAUUCCUGGACUUAAACMRGGUGAUCCAYCACGGACUUUUCAUUCCUUGACUCCUGCAGASCAAGCACAGCUAGAAAAGAAACGACUCUCUGACUAUUGUCAUAAGGCAUACAAAAAAGUCCGCAUCACAAGACUGGAAGAACGGCAAACUACAAUUUGUCAACGUGAGAAUUCCUUCUAUGUGGACACUGUCAGAGCUUUUAGGGAUAGACGUUAUGAAUUCAAAGGUUUACUCAAGGUCUGGAAGCGCAAACUUGGUGCUGCUCAGCARACUGGAGAUGCUGAGGAAAUAAAAAGCUGUAAAGCAAAAGAGGUUCUUUAUGAUUCACUACAACUUGCCCACAAGUGUAUUCUGAACUCUUUCUAUGGUUAUGUUAUGAGAAAAGGUGCACGGUGGUACUCGAUGGAGAUGGCAGGGAUUGUUUGUUAUACUGGAGCCAAUAUCAUCACYCAAGCAAGGGAAAUUGUUGAACAAAUAGGKCGACCUCUUGAACUGGAUACUGAUGGUAUUUGGUGCAUCUUGCCAGCAAGUUUCCCUGAGAAUUAUCAGGUCAAGACUACUAACCCAAAGAAGAGCAAGGUCACUGUGUCCUAUCCUGGUGCUAUGUUGAAUAUAAUGGUCAAGACCCACUUUACCAAUGAUCAAUACCACGAGUUGACAAAUCCAGAUAAUCUAACCUAUGAAAUGAGGAGUGAGAACUCGAUAUUUUUUGAGGURGAUGGACCUUAYAAAGCAAUGAUUUUACCUGCAUCGAAAGAAGAAGGAAAGAAACUCAAGAAAAGAUAUGCAGUGUUCAAUGAUGAUGGUUCUCUGGCAGAACUGAAGGGUUUUGAGGUUAAGAGAAGAGGAGAACUCCAGCUUAUCAAGAAUUUCCAGUCUUCUGUCUUUGAACAAUUUUURAAUGGUGGGAAUUUGGAWGAGGUCUAUGGAGCAGUAGCAAAGGUGGCGAACUUUUGGUUAGAUGUGCUAUACAGCAAGGCUACAAACAUGCCAGACUGCGAGCUAUUCGACUUGAUCUCAGAAAACCGAAGCAUGUCAAAGACCCUGGAAGAAUAUGGAGCACAAAAAUCCACCUCCAUCAGCACUGCUAAACGACUUGCUGAGUUUCUAGGUGAUCAAAUGGUUAAAGAUAAAGGUCUGAGUUGUAAGUUUAUCAUAUCAAGGAARCCAGAAGGCUCCCCUGUUACAGAAAGAGCCGUUCCUUUGGCGAUUUUCCAAACAGAGGAUGGAGUAAGAAAGCAUUAUUUGAGGCGRUGGCUGAAGGAUUCRUCRAUGGUAGAUUUUGAUAUCAGAAACAUUCUAGACUGGCAGUAUUACAUUGAAAGAUUAAAUAGUGCCAUACAGAAGAUAAUAACUAUACCUGCAGCAUUGCAAGGGGUUAGCAAUCCUGUACCUCGCUGCUUGCAUCCACCAUGGCUUCAUAAGAGACUUUUGGAGAAGAAUGAUGUCUUCAAGCAACAGAAGAUCAGUGAAAUGUUUUCUAAAGUCCCAAAGAAAGUGGUACAGGAAGAAGACAGSCUUAGUUUAACUCAAUCAUCCAGUCAAAUUCAUGAUAUUGAAGACUUUGGUUGUGGUUCAAGACCAAACGGCACCCUCAAACCAAUGGCUACUAAGAGAAAGMGGGACCAAAUGGAAGCUGACUCRAGGACUAUUGACAGGAGAGCUAAUAAACGAGGUKGUGAUGCUGUUGAUCUGACAAAGUCAUGGAGGGAUGUGCUUGGAGAACCUCCCAGUUGGGGACCUUUAAAGGAGGAUAAGGAAGCAUGGGUUGACUUUCAAAAGAAAAAAUGGGAAUACCAGGCUAAACAAAGAGCUGAAAGAAAGAGGCUGCGAAAGGAAGCCAGUAGCAUGGGAGUGACAAUAGGUCCUCGUGGAGGAUCCAACACAGGGAUGACAACCUUUAUCAGACAGCAGGCCAGAUCAUUGUUGAAUACACCAUGGCAGAUUGUCCAGAUUGCAGAAACAGGYUCUCCAGGUCUGUUCAAAGUSUGGGCUUUGAUAGGUUCCGACCUCCACUCGGUCAAAGUCAACAUUCCAMGAAUAUUCUAUGUCAACUGCAGAACACCUCGCGAAGGGGAAGGAGCUACAUGGCGUCCUGUUUCAAAGACGUUACCUAGAUCACAUGCAGCAAUCAAUCUGUAUGAAUAUUCUGUGCCAGAAGACAUUUAYAGAGAGCAUUCAAGUGAACUUGCUACUGAUUUGUCAUCACCCAACAUUGAAGGCGUUUACGAGUCUCAGGUUCCAUUGCUAACCAGAGCUUUGAUCAAACUUGGUUGUGUAACAUCUGUAAACAAAACUUUUGCCAAGAUCAGYAAUGGAAGGGAUUUAGAUGUCUUUGAGCUUGAUCAGCUAGAGUUUAAAACCUUAGCAGAAUGCUCUUACCUUGACAACUACAGCUUGAAGACUGUCUACCUGUAUUAUAGUCAAUCGGAUAAUCGUGGUAUGAUUGGAGUAUUUGUACCAGCUGCAAAAAAGGUUUCAGUCUUUGUUCUGGACACUGUGCGUAACAAUCAAAUGCCAAACCUAACGUCAYUGUACAAUGCAGAAAGGGCAAACAAGGAAAAAAGCUCAGAAGGGGAAGCUCUACCUCUUCCUCCAGAGAAUCACACCUUUGAAGUACGCGUUGAGACCAAUCCUAAACAGAUGUUCAAAGGUGUUCAAAGGUAUCUUCAGGUUUAUAGGGAAGAAAAGAAUGGACCAACAAUGGUCUUGAUCCAGUCAUCAAUGGAUUUAAGCCAUUUGACAUCAUCAAUACCAGCUUUGAAUGAUUUYCCACUUGUACCACUUCCAUACAGCAACAGUGAUGCACAGUAUAAUCUCCUUGAUUGGCAACGGCAUGCAUCAAGGCGGAUGAUAUCMCAUUAUUUGGAGAUUGAUGUAUUUUUUCAGGCACAGUUAGACAAUGCUCGUUAUUUCCAUAUACCAGUUGGUAAUAUACCUAUGGAUGCUACACUAUUUGCUGCCGACGUUUUCUAUUCACGUCACUUACAAAAACAUGGUCAUUUAUUAUGGAUGUCRCCCACAAACAGACCUGACUUGGGAGGAAAAGAAGAUGAUGAUAACAGGUUAAGCUUAAUGACUGAUGAAGCCGGCUCCAUGGAGUUUAAUAGCCCAGGCUGUUAUCCUACAGUAUGUGUAGAGCUYUCUAUUGAUGGCUUAGCUGUGAACACUAUCCUACAGUCUGCACAUAUCAAUGAUUUUGAAGGAGCGUCUGGUACAGGAAUCAGCUUUGAUAACAUACAACAGGCUUCAUUAGAAGAACUUGUUCAAGGAGGGCAAUCAUCUUCUGGUCUUACAACCUACGACGAGGCUGCAUURUGCUCUUCUGCUUUYAGGAUCCUGAAAGGUAUGAUUCAUAGCUGGUUACAUGAAGUAUCUGCCUAUCAGAACCAGUACGCUGAUGCACAGCUUAUGCACUUCUACAGGUGGCUGUCUUCUCCAAAUUCUCUCUUAUACGACCCUGCAUUGUGCCGAAUGGUACAACGAAUGAUGAAAAAACUGUUUUUGCAGCUUGUUGGAGAGUUUAAACGACUUGGGUCGACAAUGGUGUAUGCUAGUUUUAGUAAGAUAAUUAUUUGUACAAAGAAGAGAAGUGUUCCCGAUGCCUUAGCAUAUGUGGAGUUUAUUUUGAAGAGUAUUCAGUCGAAGGACUUGUUCCACAGUAUCGACAUAGUGCCCGCUGCAUGCUGGGAAUAUCUGAUGUGGCUUGAUCAGGCCAAUCACGGUGGGGUGCGCGGGAAACUACCUGAAGCAAUUGSUGAGAAUGGACACAUUGAUGAGGACAGUGAUGACGAGAUUGCYGGCACUCCAGAAAACAACAAUAAUAAGGACGAAGAGUCUCAAAUUGAAAUGAACUGGAAUAUUGGAAAGUAYCUUCCUUCUGGUGCAUCUUGUCAAGACUUUUUCCAGAUCGUAGUUGCUGGUCAUAUUCACGCCAUGUAUAAACAUUCACUCGAGGAGCGCCGUAUCAUCCAGCCAGGUACUACACCAAUACGACGGCGAGGGGGAAGCAGUCAAUCCCAGAAGACAGUGCAAUCAUCUGCAACACCAAGCCUCGUCUCUUUUGCACAAGAGCGAAUUCAGGGGGAACUUACUCAACACCUUUUCUCAAUAACCCAAAAGAUUCAGCACACGUUGUCUGGUGACAGAUCUUCUCAUAAAGACCCUAGUGCAGAGUUUCCUAUAUUACCUGGAUCCUAUCUACCAUUGAACAACCCAGCACUUGAAUUUGUCAAGUAUAUUURUAAGGUUUUGUCUCUGGAUUCAAAUACUCAACACCAAGUUAACAAAUUAAGACGCGAUCUUCUCAAGCUCAUUGGUGUUGGAGAAUUUUCACCCGAAGCRAACUUCCAGGAUCCAUGUUUGUCGUUUGUUUUGCCUGAAGUAAUUUGUCAGUUCUGUAAUGCAUGUCGUGACUUGGAUCUUUGUCGAGACCCGUUCAUCGUGCCAUCCGAGGGAAACAACUCAGCCAGUUGCUAUUGUCCCAACUGUCAAAAUGAAUACAACAUGGAUGCCAUUGAACAUCAACUUAUCACUGCUUUACAAAAACGAUCGAUGGCCCAUGUCCUGCAGGAUCUUAAAUGCUCUAAAUGUUGUGGGAUAAAGGACACCAAUAUGUCGAAGUAUUGUAAAUGUGGAAGUAACUUUACCCUUACUGCCCCAGCAGCUGAAUUCGCCGAAAAAAUGAGGACGUUUAGAAAUAUAGCAAAGCAUUACAAGAUGAAUUUAUUACAAGACAUUGUCAAUUGGAUAAUACAAGAUAAUCCUGUUGCAAUACAAUAGAACACACUGGGUUACCUGUGUUAACGAGAAUGCACGAAGGACUGGUGAUUAGAUAUAGUUGUUAUCAGGCAAAAAGGUACGAGAUAAUUCAAUGAUAAUAAUAUUGUAUAAUAUAAAAUCACAAGAUACUAUGUAUAUUCUGUUUACUAAUACAAUAAUAAAAUGGUUUCUAAUAUUA